GAACAUGGCUGUAAAGACAAAGGCUAAUUUCUAUCGUCUUGCUUCUUGUUUCUAUUAUUGCAAUAAAUUCUUCGGUUUGGCGGCUUUUUCUUACAAUCCAACAAAGAGAAAAUUCAGUGAAUCUGUUGGAUCAGUUGCAUAUUGUCUGUUAUUUCUAGUUUUUACGUUUUUCUUCUAUCCAUAUCUUAUGUAUCAAUUUCUAUUGUUCCUCGAAAAAUCAUUCAGUACGAAUUUAGGAACAAGUAUUGGAACGUUUCAAUCAUUAUUACAAUGGUUGACCCUAAUUUCUAUUCAGUGUAUAAAUAUCUACGACAGAAAAGAUAUAGUAGUGUACUAUAACAAAAAAGUUCUCUAUGACAAGAAAUUUAGUUCAACUAUACCAGAAAUAUAUAGAAAAAAAUAUUUUUUAUCAAUGCUUUUUCUAGCCCUUAUUGUAUUUGUGUUUAAACUUCUAUCUGGUUAUAUUUUAAUGGCUUUCAUUGUACAAAAGGAACAAAAUAUAAAACCAUUUUUAAUAAUUUAUCUUAUUCCAAGUGCAAUAACUACGUUAACUGGUUGCAGUUUUACAAUGGAAAUAACCUGUCUACAAUUUUUCGUAACACAAAUUAAUUGUUCUCUUAAAAAAUUAGCUGUUGAAUUAGUAAAUUUUCCAAAAACCUCUUCUGAAGCUCAGAAAAUGAUCCUUUCAUGUGGAAUAAGUGAUAAAAUUGAUUUAUUCCUAAUUUUUCAUUCAGAUUUGACUAAAUUUAUUGCAACAUUUAAUAGGCUACAAACACGAAUUUUGCUAUUUUAUUUUACUAAUAAAUUCCUUGAGCUUAUUAUACCUGCAUUUUUUAAAUAUCUGACAAUCGCGGGUCUCACAGCCACUACAUCAACUGCUGAUAUAUUUGCAAACAGUUUAUUCAAUGAUGUUUUUAAUAUAAUGGAACUGAUUAUGAUGACAGUUUGUACUAAUAGUCUUAUGAAUGAGAUGUCAACUACGGCAAAAAUUCUGCAUGAAUUUCCUGUUCAUAAAACUGAUGAUCGUCUCAAAGAGAGCAUCAAUCGAUUUUCUCUGCAAAUCCUUCAGGAAAAGCGUCCAAUUUCCGUUUGUGGAAUGUUCAAUGUGGACAAUACUCUUCUCUACUCCAUGAUUUCUUCAAUGACGAGCUAUCUAAUUCUUCUGGUACAAUUUCAACUGCAAGGAGUUGGGUCGAGUAAAGGAUAAAAUUAAAAGAAGAUCUCUGACUUAAAUGUUAUCUAAUAAAUACUAAAUUAUGCAGAGGAGAUUCUACAUGUCUGGACUACGUUUUAUGUUUUGUUUUUAAGCCUUAUUUCCAAAACCCGGAGAAUUAUCUUGAAAUUUUGUAUAACACUUAAUAUAUUUAUUAAUAUAGACUUUAUUCUUUAUUGAAAUAAAUCGAUUAGUGUAUUUGUCAAA